AGAAACCAGGAAGGGAAUUGAGUUGAUCUGCUGCUGCUUGGUUAGCGCAUACGGGGCUUUAAGCUGCACAACAGUGAGAGGGAGAGGAGGAGAGGAGAGGGCUGAGCUAACCCACAACAAGCUUCACCACGGCCAUCGCAGACAGGCAGACGGACAGACGGCAGGACGGAUACACGGGUGGGGGCUGUGCUCGGCGGCUCGGCGGCAGGCUGGUGGAAGAUGUCGUCAGGAGCCGGUGGGAGGGGAGGAAGGCGGCUCAGGGGGACAGCAAGCAGCGGUGGUGGAGGAGGGAGAGGAGGAGCAGGAGAGGCAGAGGAAGGCCCCGUGGGGAUCCCUUUCCCUGAGCACAGCGCAGAAAUCCUGGGCUGCCUGAACAAGCAGCGACUCAGCGGCCUGCUGUGUGACGUGCUCCUGGUUACCCAGGAGCGGGAGUUCCCAGCUCACCGCUCUGUCCUGGCGUCCUGCAGCUCCUACUUCCACAAGCUCUUCACUUCAGGUGCCACGGCUGACCAACAGAACGUCUACAACAUCGACUUUGUGGCGGCAGAGGCUCUGGGAGCAUUACUGGACUUUGCCUACACAGCCACACUGACAGUCAGUCACAGCAGUGUAGCUGACAUCCUCGCCGCUGCACGCCUCCUGGAAAUCCCACCCGUCCAGGACGUCUGUACACACCUGCUGGACACCAAAGUGCUCUCCCCGCCGGCGGGCAGUGAGCAGAAAGAUGAAGACGAAGAUGAGGGGAAAGGCAAAGGCAGGGCGCAGGGCAACCGGGUGCGGGCCCGGGAGUACCUGGAGUACUUCCAGAGAGGGGCGCACUGGAGCAGCAGCUGCAGCACACCAGAGCUCAGGGACCUGCCCACACACCUGCACUUUAACCACGGGAAUGGGGCGCCCCCCAGCAACGGGGGUCCUGCUGGCCCCGGUGAGUACUUCUCCACCUUGGCCCUCGCCUUGGCUCAGGCCCCCACACAGGAGCCAGAGGAGGAAGAUGAGGAUGAAGAGGAGGAUGAAGACGGGGAGGUGGUGCAGGGGAACGGAGCAAGCUUGGGUACAUCUUACUACCCUCCAUCCCAAAAUGGGCACUUCUACCUCCCCCCUGAGUCCAGGCUGGGGCAGGAGAUGGAGGUGGAGGAGGGCAGCAGGGAGGUGAUGGCGAGGGAGAGAGGUUCUGCAAGCGCUCUUCUGCAGCAGAUGAUGGACUCCAUUGAGAGGCAGAAAGAGCGGGCAACAACCGGGGAGGAACAGGGAGAGGGGGACGACCCUGACAUGGAAUUUUACUUGAAUUAUUUCAACAGCUCGCAGCCAGAAGAUACACCUUCUGCUGCUUUGACGCAGGGAGUGCCACCACCCUGGUUAUCGCAGGGCAGAACAGGCCAAGAGAGAGGAGGGGGAGAGAGGGGCAGUGGAGGAGGAGGUGGAGGAGAGAGGAAGAUGCGCUCUAAGGCCUUUCAGAAAUGCCCCAUAUGCUCCAAGGUCAUCCAAGGAGCAGGCAAGCUACCCCGCCACAUCCGAACACACACGGGAGAGAAACCCUAUGAAUGCGCCAUCUGCAAAGUGCGCUUUACCAGGCAAGACAAGCUCAAGGUUCAUAUGCGGAAGCAUACAGGAGAGAAGCCUUACCUGUGUACGCAGUGUGGAGCUGCCUUUGCCCACAACUACGACCUGAAGAACCACAUGCGUGUACACACAGGCCUGCGCCCCUAUCAGUGCUCAAGCUGCUUUAAGACUUUUGUACGCUCAGAUCACCUGCACCGCCACCUCAAGAAGGACGGCUGCAAUGGUAUCCCUUCUCGUCGAGGCAGAAAGCCUCGGGUGCGAGAGCCAGGGCUCCUUGAUGCCUCCCUGGGCCUGCUCAGCCCUGGGUCCGACACAGUCCCUGGCCCUCGUACCAUCAGGGGAAGGAGGCGUUCUGAGGCAUCUUCAGUGGCAGAGGUGGAGGAGACUGCUGGAGCUCUUGCACAUAGUCCUCAGCUGCAGGAGUUGGCAGGGGAUGCAGGGCCCUAAAACUGCAGGGGCGACAAGGACACUGCUGGACACCAUAGUCACUCUGCACCGCCUGUGAGACAGGCCAGUGAACAGAGAGGAGAAAAAACACACAAAGGCAAACUUUUAAAAAAAACAACAAAACAACUAACUAUUCCUCUAUAAACCAAAUCAGGGUGUCACAAAAAUCUUAUCUUUAUAUUUCUUUCUCCUUUUACCUUAGAAAAUGGAGUAGACUUUUAAGCACUUAAGUCUGUUAAUCUGUUAAAGAGCAAAAGAGCGCUUCAAAUCAUGCACCCAUGACGUCCACUUUCUGGGCCAUGUCUUUCUUUAUAAUAUUAGGGGUUUUAUACAUUGGCAUAUGUGCUUAGGCAAAUGUAUAAUAGACACAAAAAAACUCUUUGCAACUAUGCAGUUGAUUUAGAUUUUUAUUGGUUUUGUCCUCACAGCCUUCAAGCUCUAAGCAAGGUGUCUAUCAAGCACCUUCUGGCUGCUGUACGGGUGAAGCGAGGACAAAUCCUCCCAGUGAAAACAAAUCUUUUUCUAUUCUUUUGCAGGUCUGAAAUGUACAGUUACCAUAGAAACAACAUUGCCACAACAUGGCAUAUGCAAGGAAAACUCGCCACAGUUUUGAUGCAACAGUUUUUUCUCUCUAAAUGUUCCAGAAAGAAUGAGACAAGGGUUUGAUUGAAGUGUUACUUUCUCUGUAAAAUGCGUUUUUAAGAAUCUAUGGUUUGUCCUAUAUUGAAAAACUAUUUGUUGCUGAGUCAAAUCCACUUUAAUGGGGGCUCUCUAAUUGCAGGACUAGGGAACAUGAGGGGUAGAGGGUCUGUGUUUCUAAAGCACUACCAUCAUCAAUGUAUCUGUUGGCUUGACUACGUUGCCUCUUAGUCCUCACAAACCUGCAACUUCAGCAUUUUUGUUUUCCCUUUUGAUUUGUCUUAAUUUGUUUGUCGUUCCUUUUUGUUGACUGCUUCGGGUACUUGACACUUUAUAAUUGUAUACAUGUAUAUACAGCAGGUGGUGAUAUGACAUUGGUCCCCUCUUAAUGCUGAGGUGUACUUACCAAUCGGGUUUUUCCUCUUAGGCUUGAUGUCAUAUUUCUCACUGAGUGAAGCUUGUGGGUGAACGAAACAAACUGUAUGAAUGUUUGAUGAAAAAAAAACAUUGAGUCACCCAUUUGUUCUAAACUUAACACUUGACAUGUAUAGUUCCUGCCCAAAGGAUGAGGAGGUGGAAUGAAUGAAUGUGCUUAACUUUGUGCAGUUUUUUCGGAAUCUGUCCUUGUGUGACAAGGCGCGGGUAGCAUUUAACCAACAGCAGGUUAAAGGAAUGGCAGGGAGCCCGAAUGAGAGAGUGACAAAGAGUACGAAGGAGAGAUAGAUGAGCACCUUUUUUCUAUGUUUGCACAGCUUUACUAAAGAUAUCCAACAGAGCGGGAGAGAGGUGUAUUUAAAGGAAGUGGGCUGCUGUUUUGCGGAGGGAGGGAGAGGAGGUUUAUGUAUCAUGCUUAUUCCAAUCUUUUUUUGCCCUAGGGACCACACAACCGUGAGGCAACCUGUAUGAUGAAGAGAGCAAUAAAUACCUGUCCAAGUUGGGAGGCCAAAUCGGAGCACAGCUGCAGCUGGUCGAUGGGGGGGGAGGGGAACAAGGGAAGGGGAGGGGGAUCUCACAAUGUCUGUUGCAUUCCAAAAAAUAAUCUCCCCCAGCUCAGCCACGUUUCCAGGCAGGAGGGGAUCAAAUCAGGCCUUUUCUCUCCCUCGCUCUCCCUCUGUAGUCCUCUAAUGCCCCCGGACCAGCCUGGAGGGGAUAUUAUUAUAUUAGAGCCUGGUGUUACCGAGGGUAGGACGCCUGGUGCUGGCAGUUUAGCGUGUCUGUGUGUGUGCAUGUGUUUGCAUGUACGCGUGUUUUGGUACAUGUGUGUGCGUGGCAGCCGGGGUCGCUCUGGCCACAUCAUCACUGUAUGAGUCAGCCACAGCCUGUUCAAACAUGCACCCUUAGCUGCCGGGCCCAAUGCACUUUCUCUGUCUCUCUUUCAUUGAGAGACACACACACAAACAUUGUCACACACUCUCACUGGGUCCAGGUAUCCUGUAGAGAAUGGGAAACCACCAGAGCAGACUUAUCUGUUUGAAUAUUGUCAGUGACUCCUUACAUCUGGAUUCGUUCGUCUUAAAGAGUCCAAGUUGUCUUAUUAUGCUUAAAAUCCAAGUUGCUUUUUUCCAAAUUAGCACAUCAAGCCUUUGAAUCAAGGAGAAAACAUGCAUGAUAUUUAGAGUCCCCUCACCCCACCCCUCACCCUGUUAUUUUUGUAGCAGUGCUGUAGUUCAACUAUCUGUCCUUUGCACCUUAAAUGGAAAGAUCCAGGUUAUGAAUGCACUUUGUUACUGAGGAGGGCACUUUUGUCAACCAAACGGGUACUUUAAAACAAACCAGUUGCAAAUGAGAUCAGUCAAUAUGUCUGUCUGUGGUGGUGAAGUUGAACUUCUUCACUGGUUUUGUUCAGGUUUUGACGACAAGCUGCCAAAAAAAAAAGAAAUGUACUUGUUCAGGUCUCUUAAAGAGAUUCUGGGUCCGUUCAGAUACCAACAUGUUGGGUUUCGUGACCUUAAAAGAAACAGACUAAAUUAAUCCAUGUAACUGAUUGCACUUGAAGUUAGUUGAAAGAAAUGUAGAGUUGUCGUGUCUUAAUGCAAAGGAAGAGGAGAGAAGGAGGAGAGAAGAAGAAGAAGAAAGGGUGCUUGUGUGCACGUGUGUGUAUGGAUGUAUGUAGGCGUUUUUUCAUGCAUGUGCACAAGUAUGUUUCGCAGGCUGGCAGGCUGGAGGGUCUCAGGACAAGCUUGGAUAAACAAACUUUGCGUCUACCCCAUCUGUUCGCCAGCUACUCUCAUAACUACACGUGUUCUCUGAGGAACCAAAGUGAUAAUAGGUCCACGGUACCACAGAAGCAGAAAUACUUAAAUGUAAAACAACUCAUUGGACAGUUGCUUGUUUACUUCACGGCUCUCUGGGUGCAGAUUUGCAUAACUCUCUGUUUACCGUUGUUGGUCUUGAGAGUUUUGGUUUCUAAUUUUGCUUCUCUGUUAUGAUAAAGAUGGGGUUAAUUAAUGCACAGACUGACUCCCACAGGCAGACCUAUGUAAAGUGUAUAAGUCUGCCUGCUUGGUGAUCUUUAUAUAGUGGUACUGGGUAUGAACUGCCAUUGUGUCUUGAUGAUUGGGACCUAUGAGCCAUCUUAAAAAGUGUUGCUUGAACCUUAAUAAUUUCCCCAAAAGUCUUAUGUUGUUUGUUGAUUAACCAAAGCUUUUUACCCUCAAUCUUAGUCAACUGCAGGCUAGAGAUAUCGAAAGUAUGUCUAUAAUUUAUCUGGACAGGAGUAAGCCCUCCUCUUGAAUACAUAUGCAGAAAAGUGUGUGGAAUCAAACAGAUAUUUACUUGAGUUCGCUUUGUCUCGCUCUUUGUACCCUUGUGGACAAUACAAUCAGAGGUUUAAGGAUGUAUAGAUGUUCUGUCUGUCUACAAUUGUUUUUCUUAAAACAUUGUGUUGUGCUACAGCUAUUUUUUUUUUCUAACUAUUUUACAUGGCUGUGCGUUUGUGUGUGGAAUGAGUGUGUGCUUGUGUGGGUUGGGGUCAUAGUUUUGGGGUUGCUGUGCCAGGAGGGUGGGGUAAAUGGGUGCUUUGGGUGGGGUUAAUGGAUAUAAAGCCUGAUAGCACUGGAAAUGGUGCUUUAGCUGAGAGAGCAAAAGUUUGCACUAAUGUUUAAUGUCCUUGUCCUGCUUAUGGGAGAAGGGCAGGAGACCUCAGAAAGGCCUGCGAGUUUCCAUGAGCACAGAGCAGUGUGGUUAAUACUCAAUGGUCUCAUACAGAGUCCAUCCAAGCCCUCCAUAGAAAUAAUCAUGUACAGUAUACUGAGAAAUAUACAGACGUCCAACAACAAUAAAUACCAAAGCAGAAAAAUGGCUUGCACUAAGUCAUUGGACAUUUUAAGCUACCAAUCUAAUGUUGGAUUAAAGAGUUUUACUGUUCAAUCUGAAGCCUCUUGAAAAGAGAUUCUGGAUGUAAUUUUUGUUAAAAACUAGAAAGUAUGUGAUAAUAGCAAAUCAUAUUUGCUCUUUAUAUUAAGAAUAAUUCCAAAUACAACAUGUAAGCACUUAGAGAGUAACAAAGACAUUCUGAUCUGAUGGCUGAGAUGUACUGUGUGCAGGUGCCAGAGAUGUUUAACCGUUUUAUUUCCCUGAUUGGAUUUAAUCGACACCUUUCUCAUGCUGAUGAAAAAAAUGUUAUGAAAUGAAAAUAUUGCAACUUUUGGACACUGUUUUACUGCUUGCUGAAUUGGGUGAACUCAGUCUACUUUCUGAGAAGGUUGAAUGAAUUGAAAUGUUCUGUGAUUGAAGCAGACUGUGGCCUUGUCUGAGCAGCACCAAGCUUGUUUUCAUGUAGGUUGUAUUGUGCAGUGUUGGGCUGAGGCUCUCUCUCACCAACGCAAACGGCAAGGGCCACUGUGCCUUAUGUGGAUGGAGACUGACAAAAGUUAUUAAUCGUUCAAAUCUGUGCUCAAAUGUAGAAGUUGAUUGGCUCUGUACUAAAAUGAAACAUAAAGUUGUUCAAUAUUUACUUGAAUUAAGACAUUAAAAUGUCUCUGUCAGUCUCUAUGGAUCCGUAACUGGUGUGUCCCCAGCCUCAGCCCCAGACUAAGGUUACUCUGACACCGGCUACACUGAGACAGUCUUAGAAAACUUGCAAGUGUUUUUCCAAAUUGACCUUGAUAUGUUUUUUCUCUAUGCUGUUAUCAAAGAUUUUGUUAAACCUAUCCAAGAAGGCCAUACAACAAAAACAUCAGAGAAUUACAAUAACAAUUCUAAGUGUAAAUAAUCAAACGCAGCAGGACGAUUUGACUGUUAUCAUUUGAGAUACACGACGGCAGAAGGGGGACUAUUUUCUUUGCUUCGUCAUUUUUCCUGCACACCUGAUUUUCUGUGUGUUCUCCAUCAGCAAGCUGAGCGCAGCAUAUGCAGAGCGGCACUAUGCGCAGCGUGGCUCUGGCACUUACUCAGACAGCCCUGGGUCCUUCAGAGAGGCAGGCUGCUGUCUGUUGGCUGCUCUCAGCCAAGUGGGGACAGUUUGCGGUCUCUGGGGAUGCAAAGGUUGGCGUACAGGGAGGAGGAUUAAAUACGGGUGGUAGGGGAAGUGUUGUUUUCAGGGAUGAGGUUAGAAGAGCCCAGGUGAUGGACCUAAUUUGCUGAGCAAUGAUCCAGUGAGGGUCCUAGUAUGACUUGCACGUCCACAUGUGAUAAGAAUUGUAAUACAAAGGAGGUCACCACAGAUUUCAGAUUGGGGCAACGCGGAGAAUGUUGCUGAUCUCUUUUGUCUCUAUGUGAGAACUACUCAGGUGGAAAAUACACUGCUAUGCAUUGGUUUUAAUGUCUGCUAAGUUUGUAAUAUGUCUAAUCAUCCUCUAAGUCACGUCUCAGUCCUUGCCUUCUUUUUUUAAAACCUAUAUUUAACUUAAUAAUUUCCAGAAAGAAAAACAGCAGGAACAGUUCCCUCAUUGUAAAGUGGCUGUGACCAGGCUAUUUCUCCAUCUAAUAUUGAUCCAGUGGAUUGUUUGUUGGAGGGAAGGAAGCCACUGGAGAUUCAGUCUUAUUAGUCAGACUGUAACAGUUUUGAAAGGAAAUGGGCUUGGAAAAAUCACAAAGGGGGAUGGAAGGUGUGUGUGUGUGGGGGGGGGUAUGUUCUUCUACUUUCUGCUCCCAUUGCUUCACCCUCUCUCUCUGGACUCAAGAGUCUACAUCUUUGCUGCCGACCAGCCUUUGAUCACAGAUCACACAUCCUCAGCAGGAGGAAUCAACAGAGAGAAAGGAGGGAGAGGGGUUCGGAUGAGGAGCAGAGGAAGAGACAGUUACAGUUUGACAUCACCUUAACCAAUUUAGGAUACAUUCCAUUACUUCAUACUGUGAUUCCCACUUCUGAGUUUGUGUAAGAGAUGUGAGCUGGAGGCAGAAGGAGGAAACGAUCAACAUGUUGCCGUCGGUUGUUUCAGUCCGUCUGCUCUGCAUCACUAUCCCUUUAAUGUGUGACAGUCAGACAUUUAGACAGACAGUUUUAAAAGACCCCAGAGUACCGCGAUCCAACUGCCUUUUUUCAGCUUCUGCGAUUGUAACAAAAGCACUUUGCGUAAGGCCAUCCUGAAUAUUUGUGUGCUUUUAUUUUAUGGUUAUCACUAUUGUAAUAAUUUUAUUGUUCCUGUUGACGUUUUUUUUCUCAGUGCAGAUGAUUAUUUAAAUGCAAAAAACAAUAAGAUGAAAAGAAAAAAAAAGAAAAAACUUGAAUAUUUGAUAUCUAGGUGAAGGUGGACGGAGCUACCACCUCAUCUGGACAUAAACAAACACAUCUCUGUUAUUCUAUCACCAUACCUGUUUUAUGCAGCUUAUUGCAUUGUCACACACGAUAGUAAGGGCGGGAUAUGGGACAGAUCCUACCCUACCUGCUCUCUGCUUACUGUUCUACAUCAUGUUGGGAGAAAGGUCAUUUGAUCUCGAUUUGGGAGACUCCUUUUCUUGAAAAAGAAACCUGUACAACAGUUGCAAAGCUUUCUGAGAAGGCUGGCUGUGCUGAAUGUUAAACAUGCAGUGUUGUAUCACUGCAGAAUCUCUUUGUCUGCAAUAACGCCCUGUCUGUGUAGUUAAAAGCUGGAUCUGGUAUCCCUAUAGAGCUGUAAUGAAUAUGAAAGACAGAUAAAAUGGCCAAAUGACCAUCAAGCACUUUUGCAAAUCAGUACAAGAAAAUGAUCUCUGGCCUUCACAUCUAUGUCAAAUCAAGAUUAUUGCAGUCGAGUGGAAAGAAGAAUACUGAUCAUAAUAAACAUUUAAUAAAUCCAUAGUUCAGUGAAUGGUUUAACUUGGGAGAGACAAAAUAGGCUACUAUUUAUAAUAGAUUGAUUUGUAACUGUGAUUAUUAUGAUAAUCCUUUACAGACUUUUAUUUCAUGUGUAUUUAAAAUGGCAGUGUGUCCCAAAUCUGAACCCUGCUCGUUAAUUGUGAAUACACACAAGGCAGAAAAACUGAUCAACUACUCUCUGUGUUAAGACUUUUUCAGUGUUGCACAUUCGACCACAUUCAGAUGUUUGUAUGACAAGUGAAUCCAUAAGGCUGAAUGUUUGUUAUGUGUGUUUAACUGAAGGAGUAUGGCCACAAAGUGCAACAUCACAGAAAGUUUUAACCAGCAGAGUGCAUCAGGUCUUCUCUUCCCCAGUCUGGAUUUACUCUUAAGUAACCCCUUUCUCUUUGCAAAGGUUAUUGUUUCUUAGCGUAGCAGUCUGACGGUCCAUAUCUGUUGAAAGCUGCAGGGGCGUAAUUGGUGAUUUUUGGAGAAUUUGCACUUUUUGGCGAUGAAAAGAAAUUGUAUUGUAUAUGAGACCACUAAAUCCACACAGUCUAAACCAUAUAAUUCCAUUUUGUGUCAUUUUUUUUGUUCUGUUUUUCUUUUUUUUUAAUAUAUCCAAAAAUGUCUGGCAUCUGGUUGUCUGGUUUAAAGGAUAUAAAAUCUUUCUAUUAAAAACAAUGGUUGCAAA